CGGCUGCAUUGGACCUUUAAAAAUACGAUGAUGUUCACAUGUCGUCAUUUGCUAAGCAACGAUUGUUCAGACAGCUUGGUGUAUCGCUGGUUUAGUAGCUAGCCAGUUUGAGUUGGUUGGAAUGCAAUGCAUGAUUAGCAAACUAGCAUAGCUCAAUAUAUUUCCUCAUCUAAUGAUUAAUUGCUUCGCAAGGUUUGCCAAAAUGCUUUUAAACAGUUUGCUUGAAUGUUUGCAGCCUGAUCUCGAAUCAGUCGUCUUGUAAAAAUGGGGCAUUUUAAUAAUCCAAGCUAGCCGUGCUGGCUAGUUUAGCUAACUUUAGCUACAGCUUGUAAACUGAAGAUGUUUUGAUAGCGUAACGUUAGCUACUUAACUAGGGUUGAUAGCUACAAUUUAUUGAUAGGGUAGCUGGCAAGGUGUCCUGUAGUUUGGCGAAGUGUUAACGUGUUUUGUCCAUCUGACUUAACAUAGCUACUUAACCUAGCUUGCUACGUUAGCUGAAUUAGCUAGCAUCAGCUUUUGCUAUCGUUUCGUUUACUGAAUUUGACGUAUCGCUACUAGCUGGAAGAUAUGGCCACUGCCUCUAGCUCCUGUGUGGGGAUAAAUGGGUCUAGAAAUGGACCCUCUAUCUCUACACCGACCUUGGGAGCACCUGGACAAUCUCAGCCUAUGGUCGUUGUAUGGGAAUGGCAGGAUGAUCUUGGCUCCUGGCGACCAUACAGCGGCCAGGUGAGCGGCUACAUCGAACAAUACUUCUCCUCUCCGCGGGGACACAGAGGUGGGGGUCCUGGCACCACCAGCAUCAGCCUCGGACAAUCAGACCCCAGCUUGUCGCCUUAUCUCAUAGACAUACCAAGCUUGAACCAGUUCCGCCAAGAUACAGGUAAGGGAAUUAAGCCACUGGCACUGCACCGUGUGUGAUGUAGCUAGCUAGCUAUUAAAACUCAAAUGAAGCUUUCGGGCUUUGUUGUGCCCUAGCUAGCGCAUCGUUAGCUAGCUAGCUGUUGUGGUCAGCUGUUGGCCUCCGUGAACGAAAGAUAAUCGCAUUACUUCUCUUGCUAACAUCUAUAGGGAACAGCCUAUUUUCCUGCAAUGUCAACGUUUUCUUUGGGUCACUAGUUGGCUGGCUAGCUAACGUUACCUGGCUAACUGGAAUGUGAUCCAGACAUGAUAUUAGGCAGUCAUACAGCCAAGUCUCUUGGUUGGAAAGUGGGGAUUAUUGGAGAAGUCCAAAUGUCCUUUGACACCUGCAGCCUGUGAUACAAACGUGGCGAGGAAAAGGGAGAAAAACAGCAGGAAAUCUUAUCUCAAUAGCACAGGAUGUGUGGUAUGUUUAGCUGACACUAUGAACUACACCACUAGCUACUACUAUAAUAAACUGUUUGCCAUUCACUGAUGUGUGAUGUCUAUUGCAUGAUUUUCUGUGCAAAACACAUUUGCCUCAUGAGUACAGUAUGAAUUCACUGUGUUCUUCUCUUUCCAGGGAAAACGCGGUCUGUACGCCGCCAAUUGUUUGCCCAGUCCUCAGGCUUGGGUAGCGGAGUAUAUUGGGAAUGGGCGAAUGACGAAGGAGGAUGGACUCCAUACGAGACUCGCACUUCUAUCCUACUAGAACACAGCUACCUGGCACGGCAGGCCACGGCGGACAUGGCCUCACACGGCUAUAACUACAUAGUGGACCUCACAGCGCUGGCCCAGGUCAACAAGGCCACAGGCUUCAGGCGGCAGGUCCGACGGCAGGGUAACUUCCCCUACCCGCUAGCGUCUGGCGCCUCCGUCAUCCACUCGGGCCCGGCCUGCUCCUGCCACCAGUGUCUGAGCCACAGUUGCACUGGCCCCAUGCCCAGCCGCUCACGCCACUCCUUCUCCUCUGGCCAGCUGAGCCUGCCCAGCUUCCAGGGCCCCAGCAGGGCGGCUGGAGCUCACCCCACCUCGGUGUACUCGCCCUACCCCAGGAGGCCUCUUUCUGUGGGGGGCAUGGCGUGGGGUGGCCCUUGGCCCCCGUCAACCUCCGCUAGUCAGUUCCCUGGAACUCCACUGUCCUACCCCACCAGUGCCAAUGGCUUAAGGUAGGCUGGUUUUGUUUGAAAAGUAAUUGUCGGCUCAUUUAGCAGCCUAUCCAUUUAUACUACAUUCUUGAGUAACUCUGUGUUGAGUAAGGCAUAGCCUACUGGUAGGGGCUCUGAAUUACAUUAAGGCUGCGUUUACACAGGCAGACCAAUUCUGAUAUUUUGCCCAAUUAUUACUGAUCUGAUUGGUCAAAAGACCAAUUAGUGGCAAAGAUCAGAAUUGGACUGUCUGUGUAAACGCAGACUUAGACCAAAUUGUUGUUUUGAACAGAUUUAUGUAUGUUGUAUCAUUUUAUGUUGAGCUAAUUGACACAUUGGUAUAGUUUGGGGUUACAAUUUGUCAUAGAGUCCCAAAUCUGAACACUUCAAAAACACUGCCUGAAAACGGCAGGAUAAGAUAUUUUAUUGAUGUCCACUAAAGAGGAAGUGGGGGUUACGCGGAAUUGUUUUGCAGUGGAUAGGAAACCAGAUUUGGGACCCAAAGCUCUGCUCGGUCAAAAAGCCAGCUGAUGUUGAAAGGGUAACAUUACAUCAACUGGUGCAUCUCACACACUUCCUCUCAUUGUUGUGUCACCAUGUGGUUCCUGGUAGUAGUAGGCCUAGGCUGUCACUCCUUGUGACGAACAAAGCACGGGGAAGAAAGUGUGCAUACUAGUAUGUCAUUCUUGUGACAGUUAAAUUGCAUUUUUGUUUUAAAGAAUACCUUAGUGGCACUAUUUUUGAAAGCUUCGUCACAGCCCUGAUGCCACACAGCGCUAAAAUAACUUGAGUGAGAAAAAGAUGGCAGCAUGGAGCAAUGUUGAACAUACUGUAACAUUCACAUUGUACUCCAAAGCCUUAUCAACUUGGAGAAAAAGCACACCGAAAAGUAUCUGACACACUGGAUGUGCAUAACUGCGGUAGGCCCUCUCUGCGUGUGUUCUGGAAUACUGCCAGCAGAGCUUGUCUCAGCUUUUGCUCCACUCUCUUGGGCUCUGCUGAACAGAGGCGUCAGCAGAACAUGACAGUAAAGGAAACCAGGAGGAAAGAUACUGCACAGUGAACCGCAGGAAUGCCUGAUUUUAGGGAUCAUAAGCCAGGUUAAACUCUGAACCAAGGCAGGCCUGUUUUAGCAAGGCCAUGCUAGCUCCCCAUCCAUCAUUUAUCAAGAGUAAGGCCAUUUGUACUCCCUCUGUCUUGCUGUUUAGUUAGUUUGAGAUGGCAGCAAAACAACACGUUUUAGAAUCGUGAUUGAUUUACUCAUGUAAACUUGCAGCUUCAGGGCACAGAACUGUUCAAAAUAGGAGAUAUAGUGGAAAGAUUCUGCAGUAUCUAGGGUCUCCAACAGGUCAAUCGCAAGCUACCUCUAGCUCGCAGCCCACAUAUGAGUAGCAUGCCGCAUACUGUCAUAAACAAAUCUCACAAGUAUCAGACACCGCAAGUUCCCAGUUACUUUCUAAUCAAUGCAACUUUUCCACAACUCUUUUGGCCACUAUUGGCUUAAAAAGCCAAACCUAACACAAUAUCUGCCAAUACAUUUCCUGUAAUAUUGCCCGUCUGUCUGUGUUGUGCGCACAUUUGUCUAUCACUCUGUGUGUAGCCAGUUGAUGUGAUAACCGUCUUGUGGGUUGACAGAUGCUUUUUAUUAUUUAUUAUUUUCCCCAAAACCUUCUCAAUUAAUUGUUAACUGCAAAGUAGGCUUGCCUGGCAGAAGUAUAUCAUUUGUAUCUCUUAUUUGUUAUUUGCACACUUUGCCAUGAAAUGAGCAGCAACAGUACAGAACCAUCGCUAGACCGGCACAUUAGACGGCACAUUCCUCACUCAUUAGAUGCACAAUUGAAAGGGGAAUUGCACUCAAUCUAAAUUUGUUAGUUUUCUACCACCUAAAAAAUGGUCUUCUGAUGUGAUUUAAGCAUCGACAUGGACUCAGAACAUCCAAUUUAGUUUUUUCUCUAUGAACAAUUGUAAUUCUGAGUGAAAAACUUAAAACCACGGAAAAAUGAAACUGGGAAAAUAUUAAACAGAAUUUGGGGCUGAUUUUUAUAUGGUCCCCCUUAGUGUGUUUUCUAUCAAUAUACCUGGUAAAAUAAUGGUUAAACAACUAAGGACCCAGCGACGAGUUGCAGGGGAGAGGAAGAAUGUGUGACUAUUUGAGAUAUAUAUAUAUAUAUAUAUUUUUUUUUAAAGUAGCUCUCCUGCUAGAAAAGGUUGGAGACCCCUGAUCUAGAGUGAUUUCAAACUUUCAGAGAACCGACCACAUCAGUUUCUCAAUUGAUUGCUUCUGCAAUGGUGUGUAUGGAUUCAUUGUCUGUUUUCCUGUUUCCUCUGCUGCAGUGUCCCCGCCAUCCCUCUGCAACGGAAUGGAUCCACCAGUGUGAGCUCAGCCCUUGCAGGUAAAGCAGUCCCAAACAGUUGAUCCAAACAUCCACCAUGGUGGUACUACCUGGAUUCUUUUCAGUCACCAUCAAUGUGAAUUCUAGCUGUUUGGAUAAAGCAUUGUUGUUCUUGGUGGUUAUAAAAUCAAUGUUAGUAAGCUUACUUUGUUUCAGCCAAAUGUGUGGCCUAUGGCAAGCUAAAGUCUUAACAAAGAUGGCUGAUACACCAGAAAUGGUCUACACAUUUGACAGCACUGUUCAGCAACCGUGUGGUUUAGUUAGCUUAUCUCAUAGACCUGACAGAUUUCAGAGGCACACCUUUUGUUGAUCAGUCAUUAAAGCAGAGAACUCCUUUGAUUUCAUGGCAAUGACCAUAGCUCCUGUCGGUGGUGGGAAAGUCAUUUGUGACUCUCUGGACAGCUAGCCUAGCACCUCAGUUUAUCGCUGUACAUAAUCUCCACAGACCAGGCCCUGUUUUGCUCUGGUCGUUUGCCCAGCCCAUGAUGGCGUUUAUUUGCCAAGGUAGUCUCAGGGGUUUGGGGGCUUAGUGAAAAGGGGCUAGUUCGCUUUAAUUUAAAUGUAUUUUCUCCCCAAUUUCAAUCUUGUCUCAUCGCUGCAACUCCCCAACGGUCUUGGGAGGCGAAGGACGAGUCAUGCGUCCCCCGAAACAUGACCCGCCAAACCGCGCUUCUUAACACCUGCCCGCUUUACCCGGAAGCCAGCCGCACCAAUGUGUUGGAGGAAACACCGUUCGCCUGACGACGAGGUCAGCCUGCAGGCGCCCGGCCUGCCACUAGGAGUCGCUAGGGCGCGAUGAGCCACGUAAAGCUCCCCUAACCCGAACGACGAUGGGCCAAUUGUGCGCCGUCCUAUGGGACUCCCGAUCACAGCCGGUUGUGAUGCAGCCCAGGAUCGAACCAGGGUCUGUAGUGGCACCUCUAGCACUGUGAUGCAGUGCCUUAGACUGCUGCGCCUCUAGCACUGCAAUGCAGUGCCUUAGAUAACAUUGGAUUCAGAAAGUCUAUCUGUACCAAGCAGGAUGGGGCUGGAAGCCUACCAAACUUCCCAAUACAAUGCCCUCUUGUCCCUGAGUAGGUCCCCCCGAGUCACGCACUGCUUUAUCUACCAUGUCUCAUCAGUUUGGUUUCUCCCCCACCCCCUCUGCAUGUCUCCCCGGGGCCUCCCACUCCAGGCAUGGCCUCCAUUUUGAUGUCAGCAGUGGGACUCGGCUUGCACUUCACGAGUGCCCCCCUCCUGCAUCCCUCCUCCGCUCCUCCUCCCCCCAGGAGGCCCAGUUCACUUUAUAUAUUUGUAGCCUAGCGAAUUUUCAUUACACCUAGGGUGUUGUCAUUUCAUCCAAACCGUUUUUUAUUUAUUUGUUAGCUGGUUAUUUAGGAACGUCCAGAAUCUCUUAGCUAGCAGUUUAGCUUUUUAUGCUAAAACUUUACAAAAAAGUGGACUAUCCCAUUGAGCCAGCAGAUAGGCUAGCAAUGGAGACUGUCAGAUUGAUAAUAUCUGUGUGUGUUUGACCAAUACCGACAGCAAUUCAGCUUCUUUUGUUAGUGACUGUUCAAGGGGUCGUGUUGAGCAGUGAGGAACAUAUUUGUUGGGCUUUAGCUGAAAUGUUUUGUGGAGGGCUAAUGUAAAGUGAAUUUGACAUUUUCUGAAGAUUUUCCUUUGACAUAUUUGUGCUGAUAUUCCUUUUUUAAUUUUUACAUAUCAUUAAAUAACUGUGUAAAAUAUUAAUAUAUACAAUACCAUGUAGUAUUGAGGCAGAACCUAACAAUAGGGCUUUUUAAAAGGAAAUCAAUUAGAGCAGUGCGGUUAUUGCAGUACAUAUCAGCCCACAUGUAUUACUGCCAAAUAUUAGUCCAACACAUUGUCUUUACAAACCCUAAAUCCAGAUGACUUCUUCUUAUUCCUGAAUCCAAUUGUAUCUAUCUGUACCAAGCAGGAUGGGGCUGGAAGCCUACCAAACUUCCCAAUACAAUGCCCUCUUGUCCCUGAGUAGGUCCCCCCCCCAGUCACGCACUGCUUUAUCCACCAUGUCUCAUCUGUUUGGUUUCUCCCCCCCCGACCCCACCCCCUCUGCAUGUCUCCCCGGGGCCUCCCACUCCAGGCAUGGCCUCCAUUUUGAUGUCAGCAGUGGGACUCGGCGUGCGCUUCACGAGUGCCCCCCUCCCACAUCCCUCUUCCGCUCCUCCUCCCCCCAGCAGCACCAGCAGGCCCGCAGGCUCCAAAACUCACAGCAGCAGCUCGGUUAGGAGGGCAAAGAGGCAGCACAGGACAGGUAGCUACGCCACCUUCCCCCACCAACUCCCCAUUGGCCUGCAUCCAGCUCUGUGCUUCGUCACAUCCAAUGCUUUCCAUUGUUGUCGUCCCAAAUCCCAAAGUUGGAAUACUUGGGCUUGUUAUGUAUGUUCAAUUAAAAAGAAAAUGUCCCUUGUGUUUAAAAACGAAUGCCUGCCUUGUGAAACUUUGGUGACAUCUGAGGCAGUAAUUAAUAUUCUCUCUCAGUUUUAGGCUCUCACUAUUCAAUACACAAUACUUAGAAUCAAUGGGAGGGAUUGGGGCAACUGAAAUCUACUGGAUUUGGUUUGACUUUACUUAAAGGUGAUUUGGCAAAAAACAUGGACAUUGCACGGUGUCCCUAUCACUCCCAUUGACUUUCAGCUAGCUGUGUCUAAAAUUGGCAGAGUUUUUUGUAGUGGCUGUUUAAAGAAACCCGAACCAUCGAUUACAUUUUCUCCUGGCUCAUACACUACUUUCAGGGUAAGGAACCAUCUAUCAAUAAGUUGUACAAAUAUCAAACUUAUUCUUGAAAAUCAAAUACUGUGUCCUUCAAAAUGUCCUCAAACUGAAUGGCAUCAAAGGCAGUGUUUAGAUUUUCUGCAGGUUUGUAUAGCUUCCUUUUAUUUUUCCUCUUACGUGUCCUCGCUCUUUUAUCGUAUUCCAUCGCUCGCUUGUCUCUACGAAUAAUUUGCCAAUCUGUGACUCAUUCAUAUCAUAUCCACAAAUCAGUGUUGUGAUGUUGCUUGGCAGUCGAUACAGUAUUCAUUAGCUAACAAACAUUGGUGUGUUUCUUUCAGAACUAGGCCCUAAUCUUGCUUUUUGUGAUCCAGUUUGGUUACAUUUACAAAGGUUGCAGCUCAAAACAGAACCCCUGAACUCAACACUGAUUUGCUGACCUACUCUGCAGCUGUUCCAGAACAGACUGAUACUCACAAAUCUAACAAUGAAGUUGCAUCCCAAAUGGCACCCUAUUCCCCAUAGUGCACUACUUUUGACCAGGGCCCAUAGUGCACUACUUUUGAAUAGAGCCCUAUGUAGUGAAUAGGGUGGCAUUUGGGACACCACAGCCCCUAACGAAGGAAGAGGGUGCUAUUGGCACAUUGGAAGAUAAGUGUCAAUCUCUAACCCUCUUCUCUCCAUUCAUCCAUAACUGUCAUGCAUUAAUACUGUGUGCCUCAAUCUGUCGACUCAUGUUACAUCUUCGAGCAGUGCUUUUGCGUGGUACAGAUUUGCCAACGAAGCCGGCCUAAAGUUUGAGCUGCAGUGAAGUGUGUAGGCUCCAUCUGCAGGAUGAGUCGGUCAUUUCUGCAGAAAUAUAAAAUAUAACAAAAAGUGUAGUGUCAGUUAAAAUGUUUUAGGAUGAACUAUGCUAUAAAAUCUAGCCAAUAAUUUUUGUGAACAUAAUGUGUACAAUAGCAAACUGCAAAACAACUAGGCUACCACCAUUUCAUCCACUGAAAUUGAUUAAAAAAGCAAUACUAGAGACUACAUUUUCCAUACAAUUGAUCUUAUUAUAAUCCCUCCUAACUGUUUAUAGUGUGUCCGGUCUGUAUAUUGAGGGCCUGAGUGUGGUUUUAGUCUGGUGGGUUUCUCUCCAACUCUGUUCAUUGUCUGCUGUCCCCUCAGCCCCAGCCCAGAAACCAGAGGAUGUCAUUCACCGCUACAUGGAGGAAGUGGCCUCUGCUCAAGACGAGGUAUGCAUUUCAAUGUCAAAGACCCCCUCCUCCCUCGCUUCUUUCUAUUGGGGUAGGGUGAAGUUGCCCCUAGACGCUGAUCUUCGGUCAGUUUUGCAUUUUCCAUAAUGGUUACUGUUAGGUUUCCCUUAGAGCUGUACCUAGGAAAACUUCUCCCCGCCCUCUUUUUACUUAACAAUCACUGAAGAAGGGCUCUUGCAGAACAAUCAGUCAUGUUUCCCCAUUCUGAUACUUUGGAAAUCACUGUAAACAUGAAAUAAACUAUACCUGCUUUUGUUUGCAUAUACAGUGAGGGGGAAAAAGUAUUUGAUCCCCUGCUGAUUUUGUACAUUUGCCCACUGACAAAGACAUGAUCAUUCUAUAAUUUUAAUGGUAGGUUUAUUUGAACAGUGAGAGACAGAAUAAAUAAAAAAACCCAGAAAAACGCAUGUCAGAAAUGUUAUAAAUUCAUUUUCAUUUUAAUGAGGGAAAUAAGUAUUUGACCCCUCUGCAAAACAUGACUUAGUACUUGGUGGCAAAACCCUUGUUGGCAAUCAGAGGUCAGACGUUUCUUGUAGUUGGCCACCAGGUUUGCACACAUCUCAGGAGGGAUUUUGUCCCACUCCUCUUUGCAGAUCUUCUCCAAGGCAUUAAGGUUUUGAGGCUGACGCUUGGCAACUCGAACCUUCAGCUCCCUCCACGGAUUUUCUAUGGGAUUAAGGUCUGGAGACUGGCUAGGCCACUCCAGGACCUUAAUGUGCUUAUUCUUGAGCCACUCCUUUGUUGCCUUGGCUGUGUGUUUUGGGUCGUUGUCAUGCUGGAAUACCCAUCCACGACCCAUUUUCAAUGCCCUGGCUGAGGGAAGGAGGUUCUCACCCAAGGUUUGACGGUUCAUGGCCCCGUCCAUCGUCCCUUUUGAUGUGGUGAAGUUGUCCUGUCCCCUUAGCAGAAAUACACCCCAAAAGCAUAAUGUUUCCACCUCCAUGUUUGACGGUGGGGAUGGUGUUCUUGGGGUCAUAGGCAGCAUUCCUCCUCCAACAAACACGGCGAGUUGAGUUGAUACCAAAGACCUCGAUUUUGGUCUCAUCUGACCACAACACUUUCACCCAGUUCUCCUUUGAAUCAUUCAGAUGUUCACUGGCAAACUUCAGACGGCCCUGUAUAUGUGCUUUCUUGAGCAGGGGGACCUUGCGGGCGCUGCAGGAUUUCAGUCCUUCACGGCGUAGUGUGUUACCAAUUGUUUUCUUGGUGACUAUGGUCCCAGCUGCCUUGAGAUCAUUGACAAGAUCCUCCCAUGUAGUUCUGGGGAUAUUCCUCACCGUUCUCAUGAUCAUUGCAACUCCACGAGGUGAGAUCUUGCAUGGAGCCCCAGGCCGAAGGAGAUUGACAGUUAUUUUGUGUUUCUUCCAUUUGCGAAUAAUCGCACCAACUGUUGUCACCUUCUCACCAAGCUGCUUGGCGAUGGUCUUGUAGCCCAUUCCAGCCUUGUGUAGGUGUACAAUCUUGUCCCUGACAUCCUUGGAGAGCUCUUUGGUCUUGGCCAUGGUGGAGAGUUGGAAUCUGAUUGAUUGCUUCUGUGGACAGGUGUCUUUUAUACAGGUAACAAGCUGAGAUUAGGAGCACUCCCUUUAAGAGUGUGCUCCUAAUCUCAGCUCGUUACCUGUAUAAAAGACACCUGGAAGCCAGAAAUCUUUCUGAUUGAGAGGGGUUCAAAUACUUAUUUCCCUCAUUUAAAAUGCAAAUCAAUUUAUAACAUUUUUGACAUGCGUUUUUCUGGAUUUUGUUGUUAUUCUGUCUCUCACUGUUCAAAUAAACCUACCAUUACAAUUAUAGACUGAUCAUUUCUUUGUCAGUGGGCAAACGUACAAAAUCAGCCGGGGAUCAAAUACUUUUUCCCUCACUGUAGUUUCUCAGACAUUUGAAAACAUUUCAUGAAGAUGGUACAUUCAUAUGACACAGGUGAUUUUUAUACAAAACCACUCUUAAUUUUAUUUGUAUUGAAGAAACAUUUUAUUUUGCAAAGAAGGUGCAAUUUGAAAGAAAUAUGAUUGCUCUAAAAUGAAGACCUAUUUCUAAAGCAGUUUGAGCAAGCCAACUGCAGUUUUGUAUACAAAUAUAAACAAUACUCCAUCCAUAUCCCCAAGUCAUCCCAACAUCAAUUUAUAGAGUCAUGAUAUAAUAUCAUAUACAGAUCCUGUAAUUCUUAUCUUGUAAUUACAUGUAUAACAUAUCCUGGGGUGAAAGUAGGUAUGGCCCAGUACAGAUUCCCGGCAAGUGAAAUAGUGGGGGUACGCAGUACCGGAAAAUGAUCACAAUAAUAACUAAGAUGCCAGGAAAAAUGUAGGCUAUUACACCCUCAUUUUUUUAUUACCACAUGAAAAAUGUGUGAAUGGACUCCAAUGCGGUGUGGUUCGAAGAGAACACAGACAUUUUGCCAAGGCAGGCUACAAGUGAAGGCCUAAUGACAAUCGCUGAAUGUCAUUAGGCCUACACUUUUUGAUGUUUUGUGGCGGGUGCACAGUGCAAUGUUUGGAUGCUUGAAUUAUUUGAGUGGACGAACGUGCGCAGGUAGCCUACAGGAGUCUUUUGAAGUGAUUUUUUGUUUUUGACGAACUGAUGACAUGACUGGUUGUGUUUAUCCCACAUUAAACUCGACCCUUAAUCUUUACUUUUAGGACCAUUAAAAAAAUGUCAAGUACACGUAGGUCUGUAACGGGAAUAAAUUAAAUAUACUUUCACCCCUGAAUAUAUAUAUAUAUAUCCUCCCUGUGGUUUCAGGACUGCAUCAUCUGUAUGGACCGGCUGUCGUGUCCGUCGGAUUAUGCUGUGGUGUCCGAGGGAGCCAAGUCCAUCCCGCCCGGCGCCGUGGGCAAGUUCACCAAGUGUGGACACACCUUGCACAUGCUCUGCAUGCUGGCCAUGUACAACAAUGGAACCAAGGUGGGCGCCACAGAGAUCCUAAUAAAAUGUAAUUCAAUGGGUGGCCUGGACAACAUGAGCCCACAUAUUGUCCUACAUAGAGACGUUAAUGUAAAAUAAGCCUUAUAAUAAGGACUAUAAAGGCUUGUACAUGCUAUUUAUUUGACCAGAUAAGUUGAUUGAGAACACAUUCUCAUUUAAACAAACAAAAAAAGACCUGGGGAAUAGUUACAGUAUUGAAGCAUUAUACCUGCAGGCUAAAAGUUAAGUGUUACCCACAACAUAUCAUAAUAAACAAUAUCACAUAUGGUGAAAUCAGGCUAACAUUUUAGUUUAUGGUCACGUGGCUGUUGCUUGCUAUAUAAAGCAGGCAUCGAGGCAUUCAGUUACUGUUCGGUUGAACGUUAGAAUGGGCAAAACAUGUGACCUAAGCAACUCUGAGCAUGGUAUGAUCGUCAGGGGUGCCGGUUCCAGUAUCUCAAAAGUCCGGCCUCCUGGGCUUUUCACGCAUGACAGUGUCUAGGGUUUACAGAGAAUGGUGAGACAAACAAAAAACAUCCAGUCAGCAGCAGUCCUGUGGGUGGAAACGGCUCAUUAAUGAGAGGUCAAAGGAGAAUGGCAAGAAUCGUGCAAGCUAACAGGCAGGCCACAAACAGGCAAAUAACUGCGCAGUAUAACAGUGGUGUGCAGAACGGCAUCUCGGAACACACAACUCGUUGGUCCUUGUCACGGAUGGGCGAUUACAGCAGACCACACCGGGUUCCACUCCUAUCAGCUAAAAACAAGAAGCAGCUCCAGUGGGCAUGUGAUCACCAACACUGGACAAUUGAGGAGUGGAAAAACAUAGCCUGUACCGAUUUAAUCCUGGUUCUUGUUGCUUUAUGCAGGAUUUGGCAUAAGCAGCAAGAGUCCAUGGCGGUGGUGUAAUGGUAUGAGGAAUGUUUUCCUGGCUCACAUUAGGUCCCUUGUUACCAAUUGUGAAACGUUUGAACGCCAUAUCUAGUAGAAUCUAUGCCCCGACGAAUUCCGGCUGUUCUGGAGGCAAUGGUGGGUCCGACCCGGUACUAGUACUUAAUAAACGGUCAAUUUGUCAACUUGAUUCUUUAUCAUUUGCGUGUAAACAGUCACUAACGUGGGCCUUUUGGUUAUUUUUAAUGAAAGUCUGCGGUUCUGACUCUGUUCCAGGAUGGCAGCCUCCAGUGCCCCUCAUGCAAGACGAUCUACGGCGAGAAGACUGGGACCCAGCCCAAGGGCAAGAUGGAGAUCUAUAGUAUCGCCCAGUCCCUCCCCGGCCACCCAGACUGUGGAACUAUCCAGAUAAUUUACAGCAUACCCCCUGGGAUACAGGUAGACUCACUCACUCAUUAACACACGGAGUCUGGGGUGGGCUUAUCUUACCCCUGCCAGGGCAGGUGUGGGUGCAGGCUUUUGCCCCAGCGAAGCAGUAACAAAAACAAGGCUUACCACUCUGGCGGUUCUUUCUGACUGAAACCAUACCUUUCAGAUUCACAAGGGCCAAAAGAUACAGACAAGGGAUUGGACCUGUGCCUUCUCCUCAUGUCAGUAUUCUCAUCUGUCUCAAAAUACAACACUGCCCCUUUAAGACAAAAAAAAGCUCUUUACCUGACUCCCUUUUCAAAGAUGUCUAGAAAUGUACACGUUUUGUGCUCUUGUAGGAAGCAAUCACUCCCCUAUUGCUGACUAUAAAUUAUCUAAAACUGGGCUAAUGACUCACUAACUAGCAAAGGAUAUGAACAAAAUGUGCACACGUGGUACAUACAGCUCUCUCUUUGAUCUCAAAACAAGCUCAUCUACUCACGACCACAGCUGUUUAAAUAGUUUUUAUUUAUUUAACCAGGUAAGCCAGUUGAGAACAAGUUCUCAUUUACAACUGCGACCUGGCCAAGAUAAAGCAAAGCAGUGCGAUUAAAAACAACAGAGUUACAUAUGGGGUAAAACAAAACAUGAAGUCAAAAAUAGAACAGAAAAUAUAUAUACGGUGUGUUCAAAUGUAGCAAAUUAUGGAGGUAAGGCAAUAAAUAGGCCAUAGUGCAAAAUAAUUACAAUUAGUAUUAACACUGGAAUGCUAGAUGUGCAAGAGAUGAUGUGCGAAUAGAGAUACUGGGGUGCAAAUGAGCAAAAUAAAUAACAAUAUGGGGAUGAGGUAGUUGAGUGGGCUAAUUUCAGAAGGGCUGUGUACAGGUGCAGUGAUCGGUAAGCUGCUCUGACAACUGAUGCUUAAAGUGAGUGAGGUAGAUCAGUCUCCAGCUUCAGAGAUUUUUGCAGUUCGUUCCAGUCAUUGGCAGCAGAGAACUGGAAGGAAUGGCGGCCAAAGGAGGUGUUUGCUUUGGGGAUGACCAGUGAGAUAUACCUGCUGGAGCGCAGACUACGGGUGGGUGUUGCUAUGGUGACCAAUGAGCUAAGAUAAGGCGGGGACUUGCCUAGCAGUGAUUUAUAGAUGGCCUGGAGCCAGUGGGUUUGGCGACGAAUAUGUAGUGAGGACCAGCCAACAAGAGCGUACAGGUCACAGUGGUGGGUAGUAUAUGGGGCUUUGGUCACAAAACGGAUGGCACUGUGAUAGACUACAUCCAAUUUGCUGAGUAGAGUGUUGGAGGCUAUUUUGUAAAUGACAUCGCCGAAGUCAAGGAUCGGUAGGAUAGUCAGUUGUAAACACAGUCCAUUUCAAAGUAAAUGGCACAUCCAUAUUUGGCAAUGGUCUAUUUGCAUAUAGGCCUGCGGCAGCUCUGAUUGGUUAUGCCGUACUGGUUUUUGUAGAGUAUGGGCUGAGUCGUGGGCAAUAUAAUCCUACUCCGAUGCGUUCUGCCUACAACAAUCUCUUGCAUAGUUCGUUUUGUUUCGGUAUGUUGCGUUGAAAAUGGCUAUUGCGUUGCUUCGAUCACAAUUGCCACAGUAAAGGGAAACCUUGAUAGUGUUAACUAACAGGGAAAACUCUAGAACAUUGAACUUCACUCAAUCUUGUGCUUCUCUGUUCUACCCGGGGCUACUGCACGCACUUGCGCAGCUUAGAUGAAACAUUGACUGUAAAUCGCUCUGGAUAAAUGACUAAAUAUUAUUUCUCUCUCCAGGGUCCAGAGCACCCUAACGCGGGGCAGCCAUACACCUGUAGAGGCUUCCCUCGCUUCUGCUUCCUCCCAGACAACGACAAGGGCAGAAAGGUAAGCACGUAGUUCAUCCCUGUUUCAGUCCACUUUCUUCCGAACAUGGCCCCGGACUCCGCUCUGCUUACGCAAUCCUCGUAUGUGCUCAAAACAGUCUAGGAAGUCUGAUUUAAGCAGUUUCAGUCAAAACACACUGAGUGUGAGAUUUAAGUGACACGUCUUCCUUGAAUGUAAUGUGCCAAUUCCUCAUUACCAAUUUGAUUUGCCACUCGUUGCGACCAAAUCUGCUACUCAAAAUUGUUCUGUUGGCUUAAUUUAUUAAAUGCUUAUUUACUGUACAGUAUGAGGUAAGUGUUUAUGGUGGGUAUAUUGAUAAUGCAUCACAAUAUAUUUGCAAAGGAAAUCCAUUUCUAUAUCUGAUCUCCUCCCUGUCAAUGUGAAAUCAAAUGCACAUACCUCUACCAUAACAUAUAGACAAUGCAGACUAACUUAAAGGAAAGUUAUUUAUUUUAUAACUGAAUGUCUUAGUUCUACGUUCACAAUUAUUUUUUCAAUAAUAUAUCUACACUUCAUAUAAAUUCCUGUCUGUAUUCUGUCUCUAUAUUGUCUUAUGCUAGCAGCACCAUUUGACCAAGUCAUUCUAGGGAUGUGUAAAUAAAUAUACAAUAAAGGUGAUUCUGAAGUAGGUCUAGCUAGCACCAAUAAGCUUCAGCCAGUGUGCGACCUUGGCAAAGUUAGUUUGCUGUUGGAUAUCUAUGGGGAUAGUUGGGGAUCGUCAAAUUACAAUAUUUUCUAGUUGCACAUAUUUUAGUUCUCAUUAAAUGUGUAAGAAUUUACAAUCAAUAGGGGUAUUUUUUAGAUGUAUUUUUAAUUAUCCAUAAAUUAAUGUAAAUAAAUUGUUAUUCUUAAUCUAAACAGUACUCAUAUUUCAGAUGACAUGUUAAGGUUUCAAAUGACUCCAAGACAGGCUUUGUAGCGUCUACGUAAUUGUAGUGUCUUAAAUAAGGCCAGGGUAAUGCCAAAAUGUCCCAAUUCAAUCAAUUUCUCAAUCAUCAUUUUGGAUACAGACUUCAAAGGUAUGCCAACCAUCCUUUCCCCAAAGGACCUUUCUAUGGAUUUAAUUUCAGGAAGAUCUAAAACAUCAUAAAUAUGCAGAGCAUGUCAUCUCGAAUUUCAUUUUUUAUUUCAUGUCAGGUACUUGAGCUGCUGAAGGUAGCGUGGACACGGCGCCUCAUCUUCACAGUGGGCACGUCUAGCACCACGGGCGAGCCUGACACAGUGGUGUGGAACGAGAUCCACCACAAGACGGAGAUGAUGUCCAACGUGUCAGGCCACGGCUACCCGGACCCCAACUAUCUGGACAAUGUGCUGUCCGAGCUGUCCUCUCAGGGGGUGACCGCCGACUGCCUGGUCAAACAGGAGGGCCCCAGCCAGGGAGGAGCGUCAAACUCUGGACUGUGA